AUGUGUGCGUUUUGUCACCGCAGCCCCCUCAGUCUGAACGACGGGGUGCAUCUGUUGGAGCGUCUGUCAGAGAGGAUCGGCCUCUCCACCGGCGCCUUCAUCAACAUCAGCGUGGUCGGACCUGCGAUCACCUUCAGGAUCAGACCGAACUCCAAGAACCUGACGGCUGGAGAUGUGGCAGAGAAGGCGGUUGCAGAGAAGAACUUUCUGGAGUCUGAGACGGGCCUGAAGGUGCUGCAGGGCGGUGUCGGAGAGAGGAAUGAUGGGAAAGCGCUGCCCGUGGCGACCCGUGUCCAGCCCGGCUCCCGCGUGGUGUUCUCCACGCUGGUGGCCAUGGCCUGCAUCGGCGGCAUCCUGGUGGCGGCCAUGACCAUCGCCUGCCUGCGCCACCACGCCCACCGGCUGGCAGCGAAGAAGCUGGGUCUGGGACCAGAGGGGGGCAGCUUCAGCCACCAGGAGUACCAGGACCUGUGUCGCCAGCACAUGGCCUCCAAAGGAGCCUUCGGACGCAUGGAAGCCGCUGCCCUCGGCGCCGUGGGAGGUGCGAGCGGAGGAGGAGGAGGAGGAGGAGGAGGAGGUGGAGGUGGUGACUCGAGGGUGAGCAGCGUGUCGUCCCAGUUCAGCGACGGAGCCCAGCCCAGUCCGAGCUCCCACAGCAGCACGCCGUCAUGGUGCGAGGAGCCGGCGCAGGCCAACAUGGACAUCUCCACCGGUCACAUGAUACUGGCCUACAUGGAGGACCACCUGAGGAACAAGGACCGUCUGAUGAAGGAGUGGGAGGCUCUGUGCUCCUACCAGGCCGAGCCCAGCGCCGUCUCUGUGGCUCAGAGCGACGCCAACGCCAAGAAGAACCGCUGCCCCGACUCCGUGCCCUAUGACCACUCGAGGGUGAAGCUGAAGGCGGAGGUCAACCCGUCACGCUCUGACUACAUCAACGCCAGCACCAUAAUUGAGCACGACCCCCGGAUGCCUGCCUACAUCGCCACCCAGGGCCCCCUGUCACACACCAUCUCUGACUUCUGGCAGAUGGUGUGGGAGAACGGCUGCACCGUGAUUGUGAUGAUGACGGCCCUGGUGGAGGACGGAGACAAGCAGUGUGACCGCUACUGGCCUGAUGAGGGCUCGUCCCUCUACCACAUCUAUGAGGUCAACUUGGUGUCGGAGCACAUCUGGUGCAACGACUUCCUGGUGCGGAGCUUCUACCUGAAGAACGUGCAGACGCAGGAGACCAGGACGCUCACGCAGUUCCACUUCCUCAGCUGGCCGGCACAGGGCAUCCCCACCUCCACACGCCCCCUGCUGGACUUCCGCAGGAAGGUGAAUAAGUGCUACAGAGGACGAUCCUGCCCCAUCAUCGUGCACUGCAGUGACGGUACAGGCCGGACUGGGACUUACAUCCUGAUCGACAUGGUUCUCAAUCGCAUGGCUAAAGGUGUGAAAGAGAUCGACAUCGCUGCUACGCUAGAGCAUGUCCGAGACCAGAGGCCUGGGAUGGUUCGCACCAAGGACCAGUUUGAGUUCGCCCUGACAGCCGUCGCUGAGGAGGUCAACGCCAUCCUCAAAGCUCUGCCCCAGUGAAACCAGUAUGACCCCGCACCCUCGCCCUGUCAUAACUUGCCUUUUCUCUCUAUGAUUAUCAUGAAGAAGUGCUUCUCCAUCUGCCCUCUGAAACAUAAAGAUUUAAAAACAAUUUGAAAAUAAGGUUUAGAAUCAGGCGACUUUAAGGUUAGGAAGGAUUUUUAAAUAUUUGUGGCACAGGCAUGAUGUGUUCAGGGGUUAGAAAUGCAAAAAAAGAAGUGUUAAAAAUGAAAGCGAGUUGGUUGUUUGUUGAGAUUGUGCUACUGUUGAGUCAUCAUGUUUGUUUUUUGUCUCUCUUGUCAAAAAAGGUUAAAUUAUUGAUGGGAAAAAAGUGUUAAAAGAUCCCUGGUUAAGUACAGGAUGUUUUGCAAUGCGGUUAGGGGUGAAUUCUGAUUGUUUGCACAUCUGUAGCUUCCCUUCCUCUCUAACACCUGACUAACACCUGCAGAAAAUAAAAACACACCGUGCCGUCCUUCUCUUUGUGUGCCAUCAUCACUGGAUAUAUUGUUGUUACCUCAUGCAAAUCAGAAAAUGGAAAAAAAAAAAAAAAAA